GAGUCUUAACCUAACGUACGGCAUGGAAUGUAAUAAGGAAGAAGCUAGAAGAGCGAUUGAGAUGGCUGAGAGGAAACUUUCAGAGAGUGACUACGAUGGGGCGAAGAAGUUCAUUAACAAGGCUCAUAAUUUGUAUCCAAACCUUGAUGGUUUGAAGCAAGGGUUGAUGAUGGUCGAUGUUUAUAUCUCUGCAUCAAACAGAGGAGAAGAAGAAGAAGCUGAUUGGUAUGGAAUUCUCGGUGUAGAUCCUUCAGCUGAUGAUGAAGCAGUGAAGAAACAGUACAAGAAGUUAGCACUUUUGCUUCACCCGGACAAGAACAAGCUUAAUGGUGCGGAAGGCGCCUUUAAGCUGGUUACUGAAAAGUUCAUUAACAAGGCUCAUAAUUUGUAUCCAAACCUUGAUGGUUUGAAGCAAGGGUUGAUGAUGGUCGAUGUUUAUAUCUCUGCAUCAAACAGAGGAGAAGAAGAAGAAGCUGAUUGGUAUGGAAUUCUCGGUGUAGAUCCUUCAGCUGAUGAUGAAGCAGUGAAGAAACAGUACAAGAAGUUAGCACUUUUGCUUCACCCGGACAAGAACAAGCUUAAUGGUGCGGAAGGCGCCUUUAAGCUGGUUACUGAAGCUUGGUGUAUGUUAUCUGAUAAGGUUACGAAAACUUCUUAUGAUCAAAGGAGGAAGUUUAAAGAAGCAAAGACCGAGAUGCAGAAACAACCAUACCCACAUCAGCCGGCUUCUAGUGGGAUGCAAAAACCACCAAACCCAUGUGAGCCUGCUUCAUAUAAUGGCAAUCACAAUGCUUGAGACAGAGAUGC